AUGGAGGUCUCUUUUGUGUUGAAACUCCUUUCUUCCCUGGCUGCCGCGGGACUGGUUGGCUUCUUACUUCACCUCUACAACAGAGUGUGGCUAAAGUCCGAGAGGCUCAGAAGAAAGCUCCGAGUGCAAGGCAUCAAAGGCCCUGCGCCUUCUUUUCUAUAUGGGAAUCUGUCUGAGAUGCAGAAAAUUCAACACCAACUCCCCAACACUCCAAACCACUCUGAGUUUGUAGCCCAUGACUACACCUCCACACUCUUUCCCUACUUUGAACACUGGAGAAAACAAUAUGGUCAAAUAUACACUUACUCAACAGGAAUGAGACAACAUUUGUAUGUGAACCAGCCAGAGCUAGUAAGGGAAAUGAACCAGUGCAUGAGUUUGGACUUAGGCAAGCCUUCUUAUGUAAGCAAGAGGCUUGCACCCAUGCUUGGCAAUGGCGUUUUGAGGUCCAAUGGCAUUGUCUGGUCACAACAGAGAAAAAUCAUUGCCCCUGAGUUCUUCACAGACAAAGUCAAGGGCAUGGUGUGGCUGAUGUUAGAGUCAGGACAGACAUUGCUUCAAAAAUGGGAGGAUUGCAUUGAAGCUCAAGGUGGUAUGACAGCAGAGAUUCAAGUGGAUGAGGAUUUCAGGGAUUUUUCUGCAGAUGUUAUAUCAAGAGCUUGUUUUGGAAGCUCUUAUAUAAAGGGCAAACAGAUUUUCUCAAAGCUUAGAGCCCUUCAAGAAGUCAUUUCCCAGCAAAAUUUCCUGUUUUCUAAUUUGGGUGGCUUGAAGAAGCAAAAUGAGAUAGGGUGCUUAGAGAGAGAGAUAGAGUCAUUGAUCUGGGAGGCAGUGAGAGAAAGACAAGGCUCAGAGACAUCUUCAGCCGAAAAGGAUCUGUUGCAGACAAUACUAGAGGGAGCCAUCAAUGACCAAAGCCUAGGCAAAGGUUCAUCCAAGCGCUUCAUAGUUGACAACUGCAAGAGCAUAUACUUUGCAGGCCAUGAAUCCACAGCUGUUGCUGCCUCUUGGUGUAUGAUGCUGCUUGCUCUACAUCCCGAGUGGCAAGCUCGAAUUAGGACAGAGUUGGCUCAAGUUUGCCCAGAUGGCCUCCCAGAUGCAAACUCACUCCCUCAGUUGAAAACGAUGGCUAUGGUAAUUCAAGAAGUCUUGCGUUUGUACCCGCCGGCUGCCUUUGUGUCAAGGGAGGCACUUGAAGAUACCCAAGUGGGAAACAUCAGUGUUCCUAAAGGGGUAUGCUUAUGGACUUUGAUCCCAACAUUGCACAGAGAUACAGAAAUUUGGGGACCUGAUGCAAAUGAAUUCAAGCCUGAGAGGUUCAUAGAUGGUGUGUCUAAAGCUUGCAAGUCUCCCCAAGCCUACAUCCCAUUUGGGUUGGGACCUCGAAUAUGUUUGGGGAAAAACUUAGCCAUGGUUGAAUUGAAAGUUGUCCUCUCCCUUGUUAUCUCCAAGUUCUCUUUCUCUCUGUCUCCCAAAUAUAAGCAUUCUCCUGCUUAUAAAAUGAUUGUAGUGCCUGGAAAUGGUGUACAUAUCCUCAUUCAAAAAAUCUGUUCUUGA